CGUCCCAUAGGCUACGACCACAUCUACCCAACGGUUCUUCUCAACCACAGGGUCUUCUCGUCUCUCUUUACGUUUUCAUCUGGAUACUCGCACUGUUCUUGGUUCCCUCGCUCCGACUUCUCCUCAGCUAUAUCGGAUUUCAUAUUCAUACUCUCUCGGCCUCGACACAAUGACUUCGCACACGACACCUUCUCUUGUCAAGGUAACAAAGGCCGCCGCCUCGUUUGGCACGCCCGUCUCUCCUCUUCGCGUUCUCAUAGUUGACGACGACCAUAUCAAUCUGUCGAUCUUGGGCACAUUGCUCAAGCGUCGUUUCAGCGCUCUUCUUGAUGGAGUGCCCAUCGCAGUGGAUGGAGGUCUCAAAGCCAUCCAAGCUUUGCGUCAAGAUGUCUUCGACAUUGUUCUGUUGGAUGUACAAAUGCCAGGCAUCGAUGGUGUCGAAGUCUGCAAACGCAUCCGCAACGGCUCAGAUGGCAUACUUGCCGCCAACCAGACCGCACAUGUGUUCGCCACGACCACAGCUCUCGGCGCAGUUGCCGAAGUGGUCUACGAACGAUGUGGCAUGACCGGAACACUGCCUAAACCAGUACGCCCUGCCAACCUAGCGUCGAUCCUGCUGCCGCUUUCCAAAGCAUCAUCACCAUCGUCGACAUUAGUGUCGGUCCCCGAUGGCGCCUUUGUUCGAUCGACUGUUGGUGGACGCCACGAUCCAUUGCCCUCGAGCCGAGCCGACAACGAUGCGCCACCUUCUGAGGCUCAGAUACAGAAGUUCGCCGACGAUCUUCGCGAACAGACCAAAGCUUCACUUCGCUCCGUUCGAGCCAUGUCGGUCGCUCGCAGCGGAACAAUCUCUCACAGUGGGCGCCUCCGGACUGAACGGUGCGCUGAUUCGCGCAGCGGCAGCAACGCAAGCAGCGACGAACAUCUACCGUUGACGGGCUCUGCAGAUGGACGUCGAGUCACCAUCAGUGCGCGUGCACUCUGUGCUCAGAUGGCGGAAGAGAUUGCAAGGCUCGAUAUGGUUCAGCUCCCGCUAGACUCUGACAAUGCGCCCGGUAGUGACUCUACGACAACCGACCACACACGUGAUAGCGCACUCGGCCUUUUGCCCCCUCCACGGUUGCGCACAUCACCGGCCACCGGCGCAAGCACGCCCGUUCGCCCGAAAGCUCUGCAUCGCAUCAGCGCUCCGGCAUUCUUGGCCAAUUCGAGUCCGGAGGCUCGUCAGCAGUCUGCGCUGGCCCGCAAAAUGCCACUAUCAGUUCAGGCCGACGCGGCCGGUGAAUAUACAUCGCGUCAGCUCACGUUGUCGCCUACCGAGCAGUCCCGCCGUCAGUGACACGACUGAAAGCGACGAGAGCGACCUGGACAGUCCAUCGACCAGCGAGGAUCAACGAUUCAAUUUAUUGCCGGAUCUUCAUUCUUGGAAAGGCUCGGCAAAGGUCGCUGAUGAUGAAAAGUCAGCCGUCAAAUUUUCCCUCGCACCACGCCACCUUGCGUGAAGCGACUUCAGGGGUUCUAUUCUCCAUCGUUU